GCUUGUGGUCGACGCUGUCCGUGGCGUCCGAGAUAUGACACGUGAACAUCUCAAAAUCGCUACUGCACUAAAUGUAGCCAUCUUCGUGGUAGUAACCAAGACGGAUCUCGUGACGGACGAGCGGAUACAGCAGUGUCUCGUUGAGGUCGCAGACCUCCUGAAGGCGUUUUGUCCUUGUCAACGACUUCUUUCGGCGCCAACAAACAUGGAUACAUUACAGGACGACCCCGUGAAACUUAGUACAGUACCGGUUUUCCAGAUCUCGAACGUAGACGGCAUUGGUCUGGACGUGUUGCAAGCGUAUCUGGCCAUGCUGGAGCCGAAGCGCUUGUGGGCUAACAAAGCCAAGACGCCAGCGGAGUUCCAGGUUACUCAAGCGUACGAUAUCGAAGAUGCAGGCACCAUUGUGACUGGACUUGUCCAUGCUGGCACGCUGUGCGUAGGGGAGCAGAUGCUGCUCGGACCUGAUGCUGAUGGUCAGUUUUGCGAGGUAGCAGUCGAGAGCAUUGAAGUGCAACACAAGGCAGCACAAAAUCUAAGCGCUGGUGAGACUGGAGCUGUGCUGAUUCGCUUUCUGGCCACCGCUCCGCCUCUCCAUCGUCUCAGAAAAGGCACCAUGCUCGUACAUCCGAGUGUUCGACCGAUGGCUACACGUCAAUUUGACGCCGAGUUGCACUUUUUACCGGAUGCACGCGCGUUUCGCGAGAACUUCGAGGCCGUAAUUCAUACAGGUCAACCUGCUACUACAAUGUGCCGCUUCGAGUUCAUGUACUGGCCGGAAUAUAUCCGUCCAGACUUGCCACUAGUACUACGUGAAGGGAAAACGCAAGCUGUGGGUCGGGUAGUGCGCGCUGUGCCUAUUUUCCACAAGGAACAGCAAGCAUGUAUGCAAGCAAGAGAGAGUAGUAUGCAAGCAAGAGAGACCAUCAACUUCUUGCCAGAAGACGAUUACAACGUGAGUAUUACGAUGGCAUCCGUGGAGGUGCGCUCUAAAGCCAACCACGACACUACAAACACGAGCAAGAUGCACUUAGAUCUUGAAGAAAGUACCACUGGAGACCGCAAACAGGACGAUAAAGAGCCCAAGAAGACGAAGGUCCGAAAGCGACGUGGACCGGGAGCUCAGGCAAUUGAAGAAGUGUUUGCAACGCUGAGCAAUGCUCGGUCGUCGGGGCUCAAUCCUCCUCCAGAGCGUAUCAUACUGACACCUCGAUCAGCAGAAGCUUGUUUACGCUGUGGAGUGAAUCCGGAAACCCUCAAAAUCCGCGACUUGGAUUCCUUUUAG